AUGGACGAGUUUCAGAUGGCGUCCAUGUACCGCAACCAGCUGGCGUCAGCGGCCCGUGAGGUCAAGGACGGCGUGCCGGGCGAGCGUGCGGCGCCGCUGUCGGCCAAGAUGGCGGCAUCGACCUUUGUCACCUACGCCACCGAGGGCGACGUGCUGCUGGCACGCAACGAGGCCCGCAAGGCCAUCGAGUCGUACGCCCGCGCGCUCGAGCUGUACGGCCACCUCGGCAAGUGGCAAAAGUCGCCCAUGGCCCGCGAGGUCCUCGUCUCGCGCUCAAAGUGCUGGAUCAUGCUCGGCUACCCGGAGCAGGCGCUGCUCGACGCGGAGCGGGCGCUCAUUCUCUGGGAGAAAGCGACAAUCCUGACGACGACGACGACGGCAUCCCGCGUUGUCGUCGACGUCACCGUGCAAGAGGAGGUCGAGGACGUUCGCCCGCCCAUUGUUCGCGACUCGUACAAGGGCCUGCUCGCCAAGGCUGAGGCGCUCUACGCCGCCACCAACUUUGAGCUGGCUGCCGUCUACUUUCACCGCGGCCACAAUGAGCGCCCCGACGUCCAGGCCUUCCGCCUCGGCAUUCAAAAGUGCCGGCAGGCCAUUCUCAACGCCAUCGGCGAUCCCGAGUCGCACCGCUUGACUAUGGCCGGCGAAGAGCACUUUGUCCGCGAGAUGAAGGCCCGCAAGGCCGCGACCGCCGCGGUCUCGAAGCGGUCGCGCAACCCUGCCGCCGAUCCCAAGCUCUUUAACGAGGGCCUCAAGCUGCUUUCAGACGAUGCCGUCAUUGCGCCCCCGCCCAAGGCCAACACCCGCCCUUCGUUUGCCUCGCUCGGCGACUCGCGCCCAUCCACGGCCGGCUCGGCCGUCGGCGACUCACCUGGCGGCUGGGCGCUCGGACAUCCGGCACCGUCCACUCCGUCGUCGGCUGUCCCGCAGCUCGAUCUCAACACUCUCUCGGCCCGGCUUCACCCGGAGCUCUCGCAGCGCCGGGCAACGUCGUCGGCGCGCUCGGCGCUCGCCUCCGAGUCGACCCGCCAGCCGCGUGCCAUCAACGACCUCGUCGACACGGAGAGCGCCAAACUUAACGACCCACACGUCCGCAAGGAAGACCGCCAGCUGCUCGGCACGCUGUCAGCGGACAAGGAGUACCUUGCCCAGCUCUUGCUCGACGACUCGUUCCGACCCAUUCUCACCAAGAACAAGGCCAUGUCGUCGGCCAUCGUCGACGGCAUCAACUAUCUUGAGGCCCGUAAGGAGUUUUGGCCGCCAGGAGGACGCUCGCGGGCCCAAGUCUGCUCGCCGCCCGCGGCCGCCGUCCGGCCCUUCUUCGUCACGCCCGCGCCCGCGCCCACCGCCUCGGCCCGCGGCCGCUCUGGCCGCGCCCGUCUCCGCACCCGCCCGCGCGACGCCGUGGCUCCGGCGGCGCCGCGGGUCGGCGCCUCGGACAAGGAUGCCUACUUUGAGGCAACCCGCUACGCCAUCCAAACGCUGGAGAACGUCAACAACGCCCUCGAGUACGACUCGCCCGAGCUCGGCCUCCAGCUCGCAAAGAACUUCCUUGCCCGUGUCGGCUCCAUGGAGCUCGCUGACAAGCCGCGCAUCCUGGGCAACCUCUACUGCUCGAUGGGCAACACAUACCUUGCCCUCGGCAAGCUCACCAUGGCUGCCAUCCACCACCGCAAGGACCUCGAUAUUUCGGGCGCGUACGGCUACGCCGACGCCACCCUGCGUGCGCUCGGCAACCUCGGCCGGACCUACCGCGUCAUGGGCGACUACCCCAAGGCCAUCCACUUUUUCGAGCGCCAGGCCGAGGUCGCCUCCGACCCCGAGGACGAGGGCCGUGCCUACGUGGACAUUGGCCGAUGCUACUUUGAGAUGGGCAAGUUCAAGGACGCCAUCAAGGCCGGCGACACUGCCCUCGAGCAUGCCCGAGGCGUCCAGGACGUCAAGGGAGAGCUCCGCGCAAACCUGCUCCUCGCUCAGUCGCUCUCGCGCCUCGAGGACCCGCGCUCGGCUCUGCCGUUCUACGAGGAGCACCUCCGCCUUGCCGUCGCCUCCUCCAUCCCGGUUGCGCCUGAGACCCAGGACGAGUACGAAGCCGUCAAGGCAGCCCUCGACGCCGACGCUGACGCCGAGCCUUCCGCCGCCUCUGCCGCCGCCGCCUCCGAGGUGUCUGCCGCGCCCCCAACUGCCGAGCCCGAGCCGCCGGCCGGCGCGCCCUCUGCCCGCAAGCGCCGCCGCCGCAAGAAGUAA